CACAGCAAUUUGCAUGGCAGCGAGUGAAAGCCCAAAACGUUUUGUAAUGCAAAAGAUAGCAGUGGGAGGGCGGGAGCGGGACUCUGCAGGAUAUAAGGAGCUCCACUUGCCUUUUUCUUUAACUCUUCCUGAUACUUCACUAGCUGCUGGAGAAGACCAGAACACAAAGGAGAAGCCAUGAGGAACACAGUGCUGAGGAUGCUGGCCGCCCUGAUGUGUGUGCUGGCCGCCUGCGCCGAUGUCCCACCUGUGCAAGACUUUGACCUGCAGAAGAUGGCAGGCAAGUGGUACGUGGUUGGCUUUGCCACUAACGCUCCGUGGUUUGUGAACCACAAAGAUGGGAUGAAGAUGGGCACUGCCGUUAUAGUGCCAACUGCUGAAGGAGACCUUGACCUCUCUUAUGCCAACCUGAAUGCUGAUGGUAGCUGCUGGAGAAUGACUCACCUGGCUAACAAAUCCGACACUCCAGGACGCUUCACCUUCCACAGCCAGGUUUGGAACAAUGACAACGACAUGCGCAUUGUUAACGUUCAGUACGAUGACUACGCUGUGGUCCACACUAUCAAGACAAAGAACGGAGUGUCUGAGGUCCUCAACAAGCUUUACAGUCGCACUAAUGAGCCCAGUGCUGUCCUGCAGCAGAAGUUCACACAGUUCUCCCUGGAGACUGGCGUCCUCCCUGAAAACAUUGUCAUUUUUCCUAAAAAUGCUGAGUGUCCUGAGGUCUGAAGAGUCCCCUGCUUCCUUCCACCCUUCAUCUCUCGCUCUGUGCCAGGCUUUCAUCUCAGAAGAGUCUUCCUUCACCUUCAUCACUGUGAUGUCUGCGUCAUCACAAAGCUACACCUGACACAAGGAAAUUUAAGCAUUUACCCUGCUGCAUACCAAAACUUUAAUCCUGAUCCUAGUUCAGGCCUCAU